CCAUGGAGAAGCUCGGCGCGAACCCGGCCAACUCGUGCCCGCUCACGCCGCUCGGCUUCAUCGAGCGCGCCGCCACCGUGUACGGCGACUGCCCCUCCGUCGUCUACGGCGGUACCGUCUUCACCUGGUCCCAGACCCACCGCCGCUGCCUCCGCCUCGCCUCCGCGCUCGCCUCCCUCGGCGUCUCCCGCCGCGACGUCGUGUCCGCGCUGCUGCCGAACGUGCCGGCCAUGUACGAGGCGCACUUCGGGGUUCCCAUGAGCGGCGCCGUGCUCAACAGCAUCAACACGCGUCUCGACGCGCGCACCGUCUCCGUCCUGCUCCGCCACUCGGGGUCCAGGCUCAUCCUCGUCGACCCGGCGCUGGUGCCGGUGCUCGACGAGGCGCUCCGGCUCCUCCCGCCGGGCCACCCGGCGCCGCGCGUCGUGCUCGUCGAGGACCCCCAGGAGAAGGACUUCCCUCCCGCGCCCGCCGCGGCCCUGACGUACGAGAGGCUGCUCGAGAUGGGCGACCCGGAGUUCAGGUGGGUCCGGCCGGCCAGCGAGUGGGACCCGAUGAUACUCAACUACACCUCCGGCACCACGUCGGCGCCCAAGGGGGUCGUGCACUGCCACCGCGGCAUCUUCGUGGUCACCAUGGACUCGCUCGUCUCCUGGUCCGUGCCGGAGCAGCCGACGUACCUAUGGACGCUGCCCAUGUUCCACGCCAACGGCUGGAGCUUCCCGUGGGGGAUGGCCGUGGUGGGCGGCACCAACGUCUGCCUCCGCCGCGUCGACGCCGCCGAGGUCUACGACACCAUCGCCCGCCGCGGGGUAACGCACCUCUGCGGCGCGCCCGUCGUGCUCAACAUGCUGGCCAACGCGCCCGAGGGCGUGCGGAGGCCGCUGCCGGGGAAGGUGCAGAUCCUCACGGCCGGCGCGCCGCCGCCGGCGGCGGUGCUUGGCCGCACGGAGGCCAUCGGGUUCGACGUCAGCCACGGGUACGGGCUGACCGAGACGGCGGGGCUGGUGCUGCUGUGCGCGUGGAAGGGCGAGUGGAACAAGCUGCCGGCGUCGGAGCGCGCGCGGCUCAAGGCGAGGCAGGGCGUGCGCACCCCCGGCAUGGCCGAGGUGGACAUCGUGGACGGCGAGACCGGCGGCAGCGUGCCCCGAGACGGCGCCACGAUGGGCGAGAUCGUGCUCCGCGGCGGGUGCGUCACCAUGGGCUACUUCAAGGACGAGGACGCCACCCGGGCGGCGAUCCGGGACGACGGGUGGUUCUACACGGGGGACGUGGGCGUGAUGCACCCGGACGGGUACCUGGAGAUCCGGGACCGGUCCAAGGACGUGAUCAUCAGCGGCGGUGAGAACAUCAGCAGCGUGGAGGUGGAGUCCUUGCUCUACGGCCACCCGGCGGUGAACGAGGCGGCGGUGGUGGCGCGGCCGGACGAGUUCUGGGGGGAGACGCCGUGCGCGUUCGUGAGCCUCAAGGAGGGCGCGGCCGGCGCGGUGACCGCGGCGGAGGUGAUCGCCUGGAGCCGGGAGCGCAUGCCCGGGUACAUGGUGCCCAAGACCGUGGUGUUCCGCGCCGAGCUGCCCAAGACGUCCACCGGCAAGAUCCAGAAGUACGUGCUCCGGAACCUCGCCAAGGAGAUGGGGCCGACCCGCAGGGGCGUCAGCAAGAUGUAGUAUAAUUGCUGUAGAAAUUCAGGGUUGUGUCGUCUUGCUUGGCUUGAUCUGCAGCGCCAUGGCAGAUCGCAUUGGCAUGUCUGCUCCGCAUAUCAGCAUUCAGCAAGCCUGUCUGCUGCAGCUGCAAGAUUCUAUUAUGCGCAGGCAUGAUGCAUGUCUCCCUGCUGGGUAUGUGAGAAAUGAGAGCACCCUUGUGAUAAACUUGUUUAAUCAAUCAACUGAUAAAACUAGGAAUUUGCAAAUA